AUGGCUAUCCGAGUUUCAGCCACUGCAAAGAUUUCUCUUCCUCCACCACCUUCUUAUUCUUCAACCUCAAACAAAGCUUCUUUAAGAACCCUAUCUAAACCCAUAUCCACUUCCCUCUCUUUAUUGGCUCUAUUUUCACUUCCCCACGAGGCCAAAGCUAUCAGUCUUAGCAAAGAACAUAUUGUUUCAUCUCUGACUGAACCAUUUUUUUGGUUCUUUGAAUUACAGGUGGAGAAAACCAUUGAUCAAGUUCAAGAAGCGGGUUCGAGUGCCUGUGAUGUUGCACAGCAGGUGUUUGGUGUUGUGGGGAAAGCUUUGAAGCCAGCCAUUGAUGCUGGGGUUCCUAUUGCCAAGAAAGCUGGAGAAGAGGCUUUGAAGGUCGCUUCUCCGGUUAUAUCUGAGGCAUUGAAGAAAGCACAAGAAGCAAUUCAAGGAACUAGUCUUGAUUCUGAGCCUGUGCUCACUGCUGCUAAGACCGCUGCGAAACAAACUACGGAGGUGAUCGAUGUAGCCAAGCCUCUAGCUUCUUCGACAUUCGAAACCAUAACAUCUGCAGAGCCAUUAACAAUUGUAGGAUCUGCCGGUGCAUUAUUCGUGGCAUACCUCCUCUUUCAUCCCAUCUGGUCAUUCAUCUCCUCUCCCCGGUGCAGAAGAGAGAAGCCCUUCUUUCUCUCUAGGAUUCCCUCACCGGAGAGAAUUCGACCACCGUCAGCCACCGUGCUCCGACGUCGAUCGCCUCCGUCGACCACCGUUCAUGGUGGAGAUGGAUGGUCUUUUUAUAGGCCCCUUCGUAUGCCCUUUGGACCGGUUACAAGGAUGUCCUUCGGCAGCAUGGCAGCAGUUGGAGUGGAGCGCUUGGAGGCGGUGGCCGGCGUAGACCCUAGGGUGUAA